CUAUUUCGUGCUCUAGCCUACAUUCACGGAAUCGGAAUUUGUCAUCGCGAUAUUAAGCCACAGAAUCUACUCAUUGAUCCUGAAUCGGGAAUCCUAAAGUUGUGUGAUUUCGGCUCAGCGAACAAUGUGUCCCACUAUAUCUGCUCUCGGUAUUAUCGUUGGCUCCGGAACUAUAUUGUGCCUACCAACUACACAAAUUCGAUCGAUGUCUGGUCAGCAGGCACAGUGAUGGCUGAACUCCUGCUAGGUCAACCGAUCUUCCCUGGUGACUCAGGUGUUGAUCAACUUGUACUCGGUACGCCAACAAAGGAAGCAAAUUCAAAGCAUGAACCCCAAUUACAAGGAGUUCAAAGUUUCCGCAAAUCAAAGCUCAUCCAUGGGCAAAGG